CAAACAUCUGUAGCUGCUGCACGUGUUGACGUUUCUGCAACGCAAAUUAAAUAUAUUUUGCCGAUUCUUAAUUAUUAGCCAUAAUGGGACGCCAAAAUCGUUCGCGCAAACGCCGCGAUGAGAUGAACAAAAUCAAGAAGGCGCGCUAUGACGCGAAAGAGUUAAUACGCCUGAAGAAGACAUUGGGUCUGCUGGAUGCAGAUGGCAAGGAAAUCAAGAUGGAAAUUGGCGAAGUUGCUGAGAUUAAGACAGCUAAGGAGAUUAAGAGAGCAGCCAAGACCAAGGAGGAACAGGAGCUGAUGUACGAGCAUCAGGAGAAAAUGGAGAAGGGCCAAAAGAUUGUCAGAGUGAACGAGAAAACCGGUGUCGAACAUGUUUUCAAUAGCAAAACACUCAAAGAUCAAUUCGGCAACUAUCCAGAAUGGUUCAAGCGCAAGAAGACAGCGAAGCGUCUACGUAAGAAGCAGCAUGCACAGAAGAAGAACUUCAAACAGGCUUGGACAACGGUCAAUGUGCCGUUAUAAAAGGGAAGGCCAAACACGCCUCGCCCAACCACGCCUAGCUCUUAAGUUAUAGCAUAAAGUUAAAGAUAUGUUUAGACUCAACUUCGUAACUGUUAGCAAUAGAGCUUUUUAUAUUGCAUAUUAAAAAACCUUAAAAUUA